AUCCCUUCUUAACAAAAUUCUCUUUUAAAUCGACUUUCCAAAACUAUUCAUUUGUCAACCACCCUUAUAAAUAAAUUCUCACUUCCCUUUCUCUAACACACACCUCAAAAAUCAAGAAAUGGAAAUCCUCGCUAAAUCGUCACCCAAACACGCCCUUACAAUCCUCGCCCUAAUUUCCACAUUUGCCCUCAGCCGCGCCACCGGCUCCGGCUCGGAAGCGUCGAAGCUGUUCAUCGAGGAGUCGUGCAAUACGACGACGUAUCCUUCACUCUGCCUCGAAACCCUAGCGCCCUACGCCGCCGUCGCAACCAGCCGCCUCAGUCUCUGCGACGCCGCGCUCGCCGUCGCAAUACAGGCGGCGGGGAAUUGCUCGGCCGCGGCAUCGUCGGGAAGAAAGAGAUUCGAAGAAGCGGCGGAGGCGGAGGUGGUGAAGGACUGCGCCGGCGACUUGAAGGAGGCGGUGUACGAGCUGAAGGAGACGGCGGCGGCCAUGGCGCACCUCGGCGGCAGCGAUCGGGAAUUCCAGUGGUCGAAUGCGAAGACAUACGCGAGCGCGGCGAUCACGGAGGCGGAGACGUGCGUCGACGGAAUGGCGGAGCAGAAAGUCAGCGCCGCCGUGAGGAAGAAGAUGAAGAAAUGCGUGGAUCAUGUGGAGAAGCUCAUCAGCAUUUCCUUGGCUCUCAUCAAUCAUCUCUACUAAUUAAAUUAACCAUCUCUUUGUUUGUUUCGUUUUUGUAUGAAUUCGAGUUUUUUUUUAUCUGAAUUUUAGUUUGAAUGAUCCAUCUGCCCACAAUUAAUAUAUUUAUUUUACCAUUGGAUAUUAAU